UUUCCGAUAAACCCGAAAAAGCGGAAAGAGAGAAGAAGCAGAGAGAAUUCCAUUUCAACCGGAAUUUCGCGCCAUUCGUGCUCGGCUCGAGCCCGAUGCGAAGCUGACGAUGCUCUCCGGCGCGUAGCAGCAAUGGAAGCUGAGGGAAAGAGUGGCGCGAGAAGUAGAAGAAGGAAGCCCCUCGCGGACCUCACCAACGCCGUCUCCCGGCCGGAGCUCGCGCCUCCUCGCAAGCCCGGCGCUUCGCCGGCUCCCAAGAGGAUCGCCCCGAACCCUAGCUCGUCCGAUCCCGCCCCUCCUCUCCCUUCCACACCCGCUCGCCCGAUCGCAUCUUCUUCCGGGCAUGAUGUUUCCGAGAGGUCUGUGUUCCGUACAACUUAUAGCCGCAGAAAGCCGGCGGAUAAAGGCAAGCGUAAAGAGAAGGCCGUUGCUGUCUCUAUGACCAGCUCUCCUGCUAGGAAGAUCAGAAAUGCGAGGAACAAGCUUAAUGAUGAAGGAGAUGGUGCUGGAUCCAAGUCAUGCUCUAUGCCAAAUAAAAGGAAGCUGCAGAGGCCACCAUCUAGGAAAGAUGUGCCUGAUGAUGCCUUGCAAGAUUACAUCAGGCAGAAGAAAUCUUACUUUGAAGAGAUUGAUGCAUUCGAAUUGCCAGAGGAGGAGGUAGCCUCAGUUAAUGAUUUGGACUAAAUGGAAGAGAUACGGGAGAUAUCAGUGACCAGACCGCUCAAGUAUAGGUGGUGAUGUCUGUACAGUCAACUGACAGUGUAAUACUCGACUACUCUACACAGGGAUUUUGGUUUUGUAAAGUGUACAUAUGUAGUCUUACUCUGGAGGUUGUAGAAUUUGUCCUGCGUAUUCCAUGACUUGAUCAUGGAGUUUUGAGAUAAGAAGAGCUUUUGUAUAGUAUUGAUUACUAAUCAGAAAUUUGCCUAUGCUUCACCAA